AGGAAAAAGGCAAGUAGCCGCGGCAUGGCGGCUGAGGGGUCAGAGCUUGGCUCCCCGGCGACGGCGCCGCCGCCGCCGCCGCCGCUGAAGCGGCGAAAGAUUGAACCGCCCAGGAGGACCAGGCCUUCUCAGGUUACCCUAGAUAAGGACAAGUCAGCAGCAUCUUCCAACUCAUCGGUUUCGGGUGUGCUGCCAGCGAGAGUUGAUCUCAACAAAGUUAGAGAGGCAAAGAGAUUUGUUGUCCUUCAAGCGCAGCAUGAGGGAUGCCUUGGAAGCUAUAAAAGCUUUGAUUCCCUCUUUGGGAAUUACCUUGUUCCUGUCAUCCCAAGCAACGAUGUCUCUGACCAGAUUGGGACAAAAUGAUGAACAGGAAUGGCAAUUUUUAAGGUUGUGAAUGCUGAACAGGAUGGUCCUGCUAUAAUUUUUGCAACUUCCUUUCAGAGUGCGACCAGAUACCAAGUUACCGACUGUUCAUCUAAAGAUGACAAGAAACUAAGUUAAUGUCAGCUCAGCCUUCAGUAAUACCAAGUUGCAUGUGCUGCUGUACAUAUAUUCCCAACUUGUAAGAUCUCGACAGUGGCAAAAGUUAAAAGAUUUGCCUGCGCGGCUACACCCUGCAGGGCAAGUGGUGAAAAAGCUUCUGCGUUGUGGCAAGCAUUUUUUAGUGUGUUACCUUUCCUUUUUGUAGUGGGAAUUUUAUCAGUCCCUGUUAUCUCUCCACGGCCCCCUGAGGAAUGCACAUAUGGAGCUCGAUCAUUUUAUUCGUGUAUUCUCUCAUCACCGAAACCUCCUUUUCAAUUAUUGAUGGAGUUUGUUUUUUCA